AUGUCUUUGACAGAGAAAGACCCUGGGGGUUGCUCGCCGGUGUUAGAGGUUGAAUAUGCAGCAAAUGCACCAGAUAUGACAACUAAACUACCGGAAAACUUGGUUUACGUGGAUAAUGAAGAGCCCCAGCUGCAUAUGUCGACAUAUCUCGCGCUUGCAGCUAUGUUCCUACUAAACCUUGUGCAAGUUUUUGGCCUGAUGGGCCCUCCAGCAGCGCUCUCGUUUAUUGAAGCCGAUUUGAAAAACACGGCGGUCGGUACUUGGGUUCCAAACUCUCUAUCGCUAGUUCAAGCCGUCUUGGCCCCUCUUAUAUCCUCCGCCUCGGAUACAUUUCAAACGCGCAAGGAACUACUAGUUGGACCUGCAGUUAUAGCAUUCGUGGGAGCUGCGAUUGCCCCAGGAUCUACUAGCAUAUACCGACUCAUUGGUGCUCAGAUUUUGAUUGGGUUUGGCUUCGCUACUGUGCCUCUGGCAUACUGUGUCCCAAGCGAGAUUCUUCCUCGAAAAUGGCGGCCUAUGGCCCAAGCGGGAAUGAACGUCGCUGCAGCUUUGGGCGCAUGCUCGGCGCCGCUAAUCAUUGGCGCCCUUACUAAAGCAAAUGCCCACACUGGAUGGCGUAACUUUUAUUGGCUUCAAAUGGGACUUUGGGGGCUGACUGCAAUAUGUUUGUUUUUUGGCUAUAAGCCUCCCAAGCGCCAUACGGACUUCGAUCAUUUAUCACUGACACAGAAGAUCGCACGUCUUGAUUUGCCGGGAUUUAUGCUUCUCACUGCUGGUAUAACGCUGCUUUUGACUGGCUUGAAUCUUGGAGGCGGGUUAUAUGCAUGGGCUUCAGCUCCUGUGCUAUCGACUAUUAUCAUCGGUAUUCUAUGCCUCUUCUCAUUUGGAAUUUACGAGUGGAAGGCUACAACGACUGGAAUUCUCCAUCAUGAAUUGUUCCGUGGAGAUGCAUUUUUGCUAGCUGCCCGGGAACAGCCCUUCUGGAUCUCAGGUGGAAUCGGCACAGUUAUAUAUGGAUACGUGAGCACGAGAUUUCGGUCAAUUCGAGCUCCACUGUUCAUUGGGUUUCUCCUCCUCACAGCGGGCGUUGUCGGGCUUGCUACACUACAACCAAAGGACGAAAUAAGUGCAUUGGCUUUUUCAGGUCUCGCAGGUCUCGGAUUCGGCUCUCCUCUUAUACUUCUCAUUGCUGCUGUGCAGUUAUCAACACCACAUCAUCUGAUCGCAACCGCAACCGCCGCCACGACCUGCUCUCGAGCAAUAGCCGCCACUGUUUUCACUGCUGUUUUUUCCGCUGCAUUUAAUGCCCGGGUUCAAAAGUUUAUUCCUGACUAUGUUUCUCAGGCUGUUCUUGACGCGGGACUGCCAUCUACUUCUGUCGGGGAUUUCGUCAAAGCCAUUGCAGCUGGGGAUGAAUCAGCACUUAGUAGCGUCGCUGGUGUUGACAUUGGCAUUCUCUCAGCGGGGACAAACGCUGCUAAACAGGCUUUUGCGGACAGCUUAAGAGUGGUAUACAUCAUUGCAGCUCCGUUUGGUCUGCUCGCCUGUAUUUGCUGCUUUUUUCUGGGUGAUCUGCGCUUGGCUAUGAACUACGCCGUAGAUGCCCCAUUGGAGACUUUACAACCCAGACACAAUGUCAGUGGUGAACAGGCAGAGAGUGCCUGA